GUCGGUGUUCGGCUUCGCUCGCCCUUUCUCGUGCACGGGUGUCUCAUACGAGCAUGUUUAGUGCGUAGACUGUGCGUGGACUCUUUUUAAUAGUGUGUUUUGUUAUUGUUUUAUUCACAGAUUUUUGACCGUUGGGAGUGGUAAAUUUGUGGUGAUUGUGCAACUUAGACAUUGACGUAGUGAGUGAGAAUGACUUCGCCGAGUGAGAUAGAAGACGGUUCCGCCCCCAUCACGCCCGAGGAAUACAACGGCUUCCACUCCAGGCAAUCUGCUACCACUAGCCCUGGAAAUCGUGGAAGAUCUGAACGAGAAGAUCUUACCAAGACUGAAGGGGUGCAGAGAAGUUUGCAAACUUUCAUUAAUCGCAGUUCAAACUCAAAAAUCGUUGUUAGUAAUUUGCCUCCACAUGUGAGAUUCGAAGAUUUAGAACAUCUGUUAAUACCGUAUGGAAAUAUUCAAAAGUGUGAAAAACUAAAUUCAAGAGAAGGUCAGCCACAAGUCGUCCAGAUUAGCUAUGAAACUCAGGAACAAGCACAACAAGCUGUCAGCGAGUUGAACGGAUGUCAGUUUGAGGGAAGCAAUCUGAAGGUGGAGUUGGCGAUGGAGCGGCGGGGGAGAGGAGGACCACGGCCACGAGGGCCCCCGGGUGGCUACCCUGGCAUGGCGGGGGGCGGGGGCAGACCGACGGACUUCCCUCUCAGGAUACUGGUGCAGAGUGACAUGGUCGGGGCCAUCAUUGGUCGCCAGGGAACUACCAUCCGACAGAUUACCCAGCAAACAAGAGCAAGAGUGGACGUUCAUAGGAAAGACAACGUAGGCUCAUUAGAGAAAGCUAUUACUAUCUACGGUAAUCCUGACAAUUGUACAAAUGCCUGCAAGAAGAUCCUGGAGGUUAUGCAGCAAGAAGCAACGAAUACGAAUAAAGGAGAAAUUACAUUGAAGAUUUUAGCCCACAAUAACCUUAUUGGUAGAAUUAUUGGAAAAGGCGGCAACACAAUCAAACGCAUUAUGCAAGACACCGACACAAAAAUAACAGUAUCUAGUAUCAACGACAUCAACAGCUUCAACCUGGAGAGGAUCAUCACAGUGAAGGGGACCAUAGACAACAUGUCGAGAGCUGAGAGUAUGAUCAGCGCCAAGCUGAGACAGAGCUACGAGAACGAUCUUCAGGUAACUGACAAGGCGAUGGCACCCCAGAGUAUGAUGUUCCCCGGGCUACACCCGAUGGCUAUGAUGGCGACCUCUGGCAUGGGCUACAGCGGGCGCGGAGGUGUUGGCUACCAGGGAGGCUACCCCGCUCCCUACCCUCCCAUGUACCAGGGUGGACCUCCCCCUCUGGCUGGCGGACCUCCGGGGGGUGACGCCUCGGAUCCAUUGUAUGGCGGAUAUGAACCUCCGUUUCUCACUGAUACAGAAGGCUACGACCCCUACUGCGCCAUUGAGGAGACAACGUACCUCUACAUCCCCAACAAUGCAGUGGGUGCCAUCAUCGGCACCAAGGGAUCGCAUAUCCGCAACAUGAUCAGGUUCAGCGGAGCCUCCGUCAAGAUAGCUCCGAUGGAUGAGAACCAGAAGGACUCUCAGCAGGCUGAGCGCAAGGUUACCAUUGUGGGAUCUCCUGAAUCCCAGUGGAAGGCCCAGUACCUAAUCUUUGAGAAGAUGCGGGAAGAAGGGUUCGUGAGCGGGAGUGACGACGUGCGUCUGACAGUAGAGAUACUGGUACCUAGCAGUCAGGUGGGCCGCAUCAUAGGCAAGGGAGGACAGAAUGUGCGUGAGCUGCAGAGAGUCACAGGCAGCAUCAUCAAACUGCCGGAACAAUCGGCCAGUCCACCCUCGCAAGAUGAUGAGACCACUGUCCACAUCAUCGGCCCUUUCUUCUCUGUCCAGUCGGCGCAACGACGCAUCAGAUCGAUGGUAGUAGCGGCCGGAGGCUCGGGUGGUCGCACGCCGCGAGGACCUCGCCAAGACCCGCAGUAACACGACACCGCAGCAACGCACCUAUACCAAAGACUUAGGAGUGUGGGUUAGGGCUAGGAGCAGUCAGUGCAAGUACAAAGAGAUAUCGCUAGGUCGUCUCCCAACUUGUUGUAGAUUAUAUCGGGCGGCGGCCGAACCGAAUCUCAUUUUGUAAUCUAGGAUUAAAACGAUCGUAAGAGAAUUUUUCAAAUUGAGGGCAUUUCUUUUAUAGAAAAUUAUUUAAAAGUGGCGAUAAUCCACUUGAGAUUAUUUUUGAUACAUUGUUGUCGAAUUUUUAAAUUUUUUGUUAGAUUUUUUAUUACGAUGAAAUUUUAUUGAUAAAGUUUUUUAAAAUAUGGCGCAUAGCAUUGUUCGCUAUGUGGAAAAUGGAGAUUCCUUAUCAGAAUGUUAUCUAAGUGAAUACAAUAGAUCGGAUUAUAUAUUAGCGGGGAAUUCGGUUUCGGAUUUCUCGCACUUUAACACACCGUUCGUGAAAUAAAUUAGUCUGCGCUCUUUACGCCUCUGUCAGCCCUUUGUCAGAAUUUAACAAACUGAACGGUGGAUUUAGUACGAAUACUUAUUAAAUCCCUUCUAAAUAAGCUGUUUACGCAUAGACAAUCUUGGAGUGCUAUUUAAAGAUCUCAUCUGUAACCUAUGGCAUACCCUCAAUUUAAGUACUAAACCUUUUUGAAAUGUAAGCACUAGGACUGAAACCGAUAUUGUGAAUUUUCCCUUCCUAACCGCCCUUAUAACGUCAUUGAGAACUUUAAAAAGUGUGCGUAAUUCAUUGGAAAUGAUUUUUUAUUUUUUUGAUGGCAGGGAUGUAUUUUUACCGACCCGACAAAUCUUUACUCCGUCUUGCUGAUGCCUGGACCCGUGCAGAGGUUCUCACGUUUGUUUUUUGUUGACACAACUUGUAAUAUGCUCAAGAUAUAUAGUCUGAGUUUUCUAAGUGUUUUUCGCUUCGCUCAGUGCCGGGCGUGGGGCUGUUUGUCGGUUAUCUGAGUGUUAUUGUUACAGGCGCCGGGCAACGGCUCUCAAGGCCCUUCCGCACCUUCAACUUGCUGUUUUUUACAUAUUGUUAUUGCUGCAGAGAGUAUUUUAUAUAUGUAAUGUUUUAUUUUUUCGUACAAUAUAUUUAACGUUAUACACAGUUAGAGUUAAGUAUACAAUAUACAGGUUCUUCUUUACCUCAGUGCGGCGUUGGGUCUUGCGGCCGUUGUUCGUAAACCGACAUACGUCCUUCGACCCGUUGUUUAUAUUACACUGGAGCGGAAAACGCCUUUCAUUGCUGGCUCAUAGCAAUAUGUUGUUUUAAAGAAUAUUUUGUUUUCAUUAUACUAACGAUAGCCACAAUAUAGUAGAUUUUAAUAGUGUUUUGUUUCGAUGCUACGGAUUAUUGUUUAUACCGCAUUGUUAGCUGCCUUUUAUUGUUCUGUUUUUUGUUUUUUUAUUUUUUAUAACGGAUAUCAUAUCUCCUCUACCUCACAGAAUUGGUCUUAGAGUAGAUUCGAGCAUGUACCCGUCGGGUACUUCCGCCUUAUUUACAAUAAGGAUCAAAGGGCAUUAAUGAAUCAUGGAGUCAGUUUAAGCUUGUGACAUUGAAAUGUUUUCAAUUGUGGUUUCCUCGGGUAUUACUAAGUUGUAUUCUUAUUAGCGCUGGAGCUUUCGCAUUACAAAACGUUCUCGGUUCCCUUCGGUCGAGUGAUACAAACCGGCAGAGUCGCUUAUCCCGUCAACAAAGCAGUAGUACAAAGUAACGUCUCAGGGACUAGUGACUUACGACUCAGGUGAAACCAGAUCUUUUGAGGCUUUCUCUAAAAUGUACCUUUAACUGAUGCGUCCGAAGGUGUACACUGCCUACACGACUCUUUGCCUUGCAUCGCAGAUUAACAGCGCACAUUCCUUGGCAUUAUUUCUUUUGAGAGGUUUGUUCAUUUCAUAGCAAGAGUUGAAAUCAGAAGUUAGUGUAGGUAAAAAGUGUACGAUUGUAAAACAUUAACAAGAAAACUUCCUUCCUCGAUAUCUGUGAAAAAGUUAAGAGAAAUUAUUUACUUUUAAGUAUUAAAUUAGUGAAAUCAAUGGGCAUUCGUUUCAGUUAAGAAAUACAUUUUAUUUAAAGAUUUAUUAUGCAUGGUAUAAAUAUAUAAAUAUAUAUAUAUUAUAUGGAUUUCAAUGUGUUCUGUUAAUAGAAUAAAUAGAUCAUAUUAUAUUUGUUUCAUUGUUAUGUAAAAGGUCCAUUUUGGCAAUUAUCAUAUUUACUUUUGGGUUACAUCGGGUAGUGAACAUAAAAUAGUGGUGUUUCAUUUAUACAGUUUAUUCUUUUUCUUUUGUAAGCCAUUCCUUAUAAGUUAUAACCUGUAUAACAGUUUUGUUUUCCACCACACGUUUCAACCCCACUAUAACCACAUUUCUGCAUUACUAAUAAACUGAUUCCACCGGAACGUCAAAUCACAACAUGUUUUUGUUUGCAACCCGUUUUCCGUGUGGAUGAUGUUUUCAUAAGUUAGACGAUGUGAUAUAGAAUGAUAUAUCGUAUUCUUUUAAGAAUUGUAUUGAAAUUAUCGGAACACUGGAUUUUUUUAUUUCUUUCGAGAGACAAAUCAUUUUUAGCUUAACGAUCUUGUAUCAAAACUAUAGAUUGCAGGUUAAAUAUCAGCCGUGCCUUAAAGGAGUGUAUUUUUCAAGGUUGUCCGCGGACCGGUUUGUUAAUGGGAAUUUUCGCUGAACUUGAAAAGAUCCUCUCGAUAAAAAUGAUUUGUCACAAUGUUUUGUUGAAGGGGAGAGGUUCCGACGCGAGACUGAGGUGUUGUUAAGAUUGUUAACAUUUGUUCGGUCCAGUGUUCCUAUCGGAUUAUUGUAAUUUUUGUUGAUUGUUAAAUUAAUUAAGUUAACCAGUUGAAGGUUAGUGACCAAUUUUUGAUACGGUAUAUUAUAGUAUGCCUAGUGUGUGAUACUGUAUAUGUAAGUAUAUGCCUUAUACACGGUACAAUAACUUACAUCUUGUUAUCCGUGCAGGUACAGGGUAACUUUCUGACCGUGUCUUGUAGAUCGACAUUUAGUAAACACAAAAUUAUAACCACCUACAACUGAGAUGAAAUUCAAAAGUGUAUGUUUUGGCCUGUCGCAUGUUUCUUGUCACAUCGUCCUGGACUUGGUUUGGCAUAGCUUAGAACUGACUUAUUACUAGGCCUCGAGAUACAGAGGCAACUGGGCGUUCAGAUACAAUAAUAAAUCAGUUUAUAUAAGGAUUAUAUUAUAUUGAAUGUAAAAAAAUGAAGAAUUGUAUCGUUGAAUUCAUUUUUUGUACGCAAACAAUAUAUAUAGUCCAUGCAAGCAUGCUAUCUCCUUUUUCUACCAUGAGAAAUAAAUUAUUCUAGUUAAGAAA